CCGAGGCUGCGGGCAGGGGCCGCCGCGCCCAUCCCGAUGGCUGGAGGCGUCUGAGGGGCGGACGGCGGCGGCGGCGGGCGCGGGCGGCGAGGGCAGCGGGCCGGGACGGGAGCACCGCGGCGGACCCGACCAGCCUCGCCGGCUCUGCCCGCGGGCCGCGAGCGCGACGACCAGGCGGCGGCGUGGGCGCGUCAGGCCGGGCGAGGGCGAGAAACUGCAAGUGAGAAGAUAGUGGAGUAAAUUGAAGGAACUGAGUUGGCCAUCCAGAACUUCACAACCAGAGAAAAGACAAAUUUACAUGUGUCGGAGACCAGACCAGAAGCACUUCUGAAUUAAGAUCGCGGAUUCUUUGAGGUGGCAUUGGAGCACUAAGACCUGAAGAUGAGUGAACUUGACCAGUUGCGGCAGGAGGCGGAACAACUUAAAAACCAAAUUAGAGAUGCUCGAAAAGCAUGUGCAGAUGCAACUCUCUCCCAGAUCACAAACAACAUCGACCCAGUGGGAAGAAUCCAGAUGCGCACCAGGAGAACACUGAGGGGGCACCUGGCCAAGAUCUACGCCAUGCACUGGGGCACAGAUUCCAGACUUCUCGUCAGCGCCUCACAGGACGGAAAGCUCAUCAUCUGGGAUAGCUACACCACAAACAAGGUUCACGCCAUCCCUCUGCGCUCUUCCUGGGUCAUGACCUGUGCUUAUGCCCCUUCCGGCAACUACGUGGCCUGUGGUGGUCUGGACAACAUUUGCUCCAUUUACAACCUGAAAACUCGCGAAGGGAAUGUGCGUGUGAGUCGUGAGCUGGCGGGACACACAGGUUACUUGUCCUGCUGCCGAUUCUUGGAUGACAAUCAGAUCGUCACCAGCUCUGGAGACACCACGUGUGCUCUAUGGGACAUCGAGACUGGCCAGCAGACGACCACGUUUACUGGACACACUGGAGAUGUCAUGAGCCUGUCUCUUGCUCCUGACACCAGACUGUUUGUCUCUGGUGCUUGUGAUGCCUCGGCCAAGCUCUGGGAUGUCCGGGAGGGGAUGUGCAGACAGACCUUCACGGGCCACGAGUCGGACAUCAAUGCCAUUUGCUUCUUCCCAAACGGCAACGCAUUUGCUACCGGCUCGGACGAUGCCACUUGCAGGCUGUUUGACCUCCGUGCAGACCAGGAGCUCAUGACCUACUCUCAUGACAACAUCAUAUGCGGGAUCACCUCUGUGUCCUUCUCCAAGAGCGGGCGCCUGCUGCUCGCCGGGUACGACGACUUCAACUGCAAUGUCUGGGAUGCGCUCAAAGCAGACAGGGCAGGUGUCUUGGCUGGACACGACAACCGCGUCAGCUGCCUGGGGGUGACUGAUGAUGGCAUGGCCGUGGCAACAGGGUCCUGGGACAGCUUCCUCAAGAUCUGGAACUAACACCAGUAGCAGGUGGACGCCACGGAGACUGGAAGACCAUUCCGACCUUGAAGCGCUGCAGUGAUAGCAUAUCCUAUCCAACCGUACUAACGUGGACACCCACACUCCCCUCAGAACUUCAAAGGGCAAGAUCUUUUUCCUUCACCUAUUGCUGAAACCAAGAGCACAAUUCCCAUUAAGAGAAGGUCUCUGUGCUGUAAACUAAAACAAAUUGUGCAUUCCUUCCGGGGCCAUUGUCUUUGUUUUCUUUUUUUGUCUUGGAUGAGUUUUAAAAGGAAAUACUACAAUAAACAUGUUAACCAGAAGAUCACCCUGAGUGUAAUUGUGAGACAGACACGCCUUUCCACUAGCUGACUGGAACUUUAGACCAGUGGUCCUGUUUUGUGGCAUCCAUGCAGAGCCCGUUAAGGACUGUAUCUUGUGAUUGUUUCUGAAUUUCGAGUCACGUCCGUAGCAGGGUUCUGGAAGCUUUCGCACUUCCUUUUUUAAACAUACUCCUCUGUGUUCAGAAGUUAGGAAGACCAGUGUCUGGGGCAGGCCUCUGAUGCUGCUGGCGAUGCAGCAUAGUCGCUGGCUCAUUCUCUUCUCGUCACAGAUGGCUGUGGACGAGGAGCACUGAGAAGCAAGAGCGCGUGGUCAGAGUCCUGAUCCAGCUCCCUCCUGGCCCGUCCUCCCGCCCAGCUCCACCCAGCUGUCUCCACUCUCACCUUGGGUUUCCUGUGAAGGGAAGUUUGUAUUCCCCUAACACUACCCUGCCCCGCGUCAGGAACCUGUUCUCAAGAAAGAUGCCUGUCCUGUGCUUGGAUAGUCAGUCGGUUAUUUGUGUAUGAAACAAUGUACAAAUCAAUGUUUUGAAAAUAAUGAUCUCAGACUUUCUAAGUUGAAUUUUAAACACUUUGAUUGUUUGCCAUGUUGGGUGGUUUACUCUUAGAAUCGCAUGCUGUAGAAAUGCUCACUGCACAUAGGACUCAGUCCUUAGGUGUUCUUUUCUUUUAAGAAAUACCCUCUUAAAGCUGUAACCGUGGCGGCUCUGUCCACUUCCUGUCGCUACUCUGCACACAUAUCGGAAGCAGCAAGCGCUCUACACGUCUGAGUAGCGGGAUAAGUCACUGUUUUCUUUACUUCUUUAAAAAAAAAAAAUGCAGUCCUGUUGCGAAUGAUUGCUGUUGGAUUCUGAGGGAAGGGGUG